UGCAGAGAACGUCGCGCUUCGUCGUCUUCGUCUCCAUCUUCUUCGUCUUCUUCGUCUUCUUCGUCUCCCGCAGCGCCGCGACUCUCUCUCUCUCUCUUCCUCCUCCGUCCUUCCUGGACACCCUCGAGAGAGGUCGAGGAUCGCGCAGGACGACGGUUGUAGCUGCUGCCGGGGUGAGGGAGGCGGGAGAGCGGGGGGCUCUACCUCUGUUAUGCUGCAUUGCCUCCGCUCCCUCAGGCAACCUUCCGCCUUUUUUGGCUUUUCCGACGUUCUUGCGGGGAACGUGUCGCUUGAGCUUCGAUCGGCAGCUCGUUGAUCCUGACGUGUGCCCGGGGUUUAACUACUUUCUCCUAUCGCCGGAGCUGGGAGUCGGUUGGCGAGGACGUUACGCACGCCGGAAAGGGGUUGGCUGGCUUCUUACCCGCUUCUGCCGACCCGCGUUCGAGCCCUGCUUGAGCGAUCAUUUUAUCAGCUAAUUCGCGUUUCGGGCUGGCUAAAGGAUGGAGCCAAGCCAGAAUUGCGGGAGCAUCAGGAAGAGGCCUGCGGAGCAGGCGAUGAAUGAUGGUGAUAUCGACAGGAUAUAUAGAUUCACCAUAUUGUUGCCUAAUGGGACUACCCUGGGAAUCGCGUUAAGGGAACCCAACCCGACGAUGGCCUCCGGAGAUUUCAUGCUGAUGGCCAAAGAAAGGUACAAUCGAGCCAAAGCGCAAGAUCCAUCGCUAAGGUUGAAGCGUCCCAUCGCAUGGGAGAGUAAUGAGUUGCAUCUCGAAGAUGCAAAUGGCAACCGGAUCAAAAGUCGAAUUAUUUUCGACAACUUUAAGCCUCACAAGCGCCACAUCUUGCGUCUUCACGAUGGCUCUGGCAACACAACUGAUACUUUUGAGAAUAUGUGGGAUUUAACGCCUGACACGGAAUUGUUGAAGGAGCUACCUGAAGAAUAUACUUUUGAAACUGCUCUUGCAGAUUUGAUAGAUAAUUCCUUGCAAGCUGUAUGGGCUAAUCCCCUGAAAUCUAAAAGAUUGAUUAGCUUGGAUAUAUCUGAUGAAAAGAUCUCCAUCUUUGACACUGGCCCUGGAAUGGAUGACAGUGAUGAGAACUCUAUAGCAAAGUGGGGAAAGAUGGGUGCCUCACUUCACAGAAAGUAUAAAGUUAAGGCAGUAGGUGGAAAACCUCCGUAUCUAAUGCCUUUCUUUGGCUUGUUUGGAUUUGGAGGACCAAUUGCCUCUAUGCAUUUGGGAAGGCAUGCCAUGGUUUCUUCCAAGACUAUGCAAUCUAAAAGAGUAUACACGUUACAUCUGAAGAGAGAAGCUCUAUUGAGCAGAUCUGGUUCUCAACACUCUUGGAAAACUGAUGGUGGCGUCAGGGUUCCUUCAGAAAAUGAAAGCGCAAGAGCACCUCAAGGAAGCUUCACGAAGGUUGAGAUUUUCAAGCCUAGAAUGAAAAACGUGAAUCUAUAUCAACUCUCGUGCAAGCUGAAGGACAUCUAUUUCCCAUACGUUCAGUGUGAUGGUUUGUCGAAUUUGAGGAGGACUAUCAGACCAGUCCAUUUCGAGGUUCCACAGCAAUUCACGAGGCUAAUGCUUGCCUGAAGUGUGUCUACUUUCCUGUUGUUCAGGGGAAGGAAAACAUUGAGAGAAUCUUAGAGAAGUUAGAAGCUGAUGGAUGCAGACUGGCUGAAAGCUAUGAAUCUUUCAGUCGAGUGUCAAUCCGACGUCUUGGCCGACUGCUUCCAGAUGCUUGCUGGGGUUUGCUUCCAUUCAUGGAGAGACAUAAGAAAGGAGAUAAAGCUCACUUAUUCAGGAGAUCUUUCUUUAGAGUUAAAUGUUUUAUUGAGACUGAUGCUGGAUUUUCUCCAACACCUUCCAAGAUCUGGCCCAGCACAGCCCAUUUACCAGUGCUCUUAGAAAAAUUGGCAGGCCUCUUGAUGGAGUAAAAGGAAUAAAUGUUAAAAUCUACAGAGAAGAGAAGUUGUUGACUCCUUUGCAACUGGA